CACCCCAAUGAGCCGCAAAAGAGAACACCGGGUUCUUCUCAUGGUGAUCACCAUGGUGAUCUUCUAUCUCCUCUGCUGGCUGCCUUAUGGGAUCAUGGCUCUGCUGGCCACUUUUGGAGCCCCAGGACUGGUGACUGUGGAGGCUAGCAUAGUGCCCUCCAUCUUAGCGAAGUCCAGCACGGUCAUCAAUCCCGUCAUCUACAUCUUCAUGAAUAAACAGUUCUACAGGUGUUUCAGGGCUCUUUUCAACUGUGACAAACUCCAGCGAGGUUCCAGUCUGAAAAGUUCUUCAAAGGUAACUAAACCUGUUCGGCCUGGACGGCGCACAGACAACUUUACUUUUGUGGUUGCUUCAUUGGGACCCACAGUGCUGCCCAACCAGGCAAACCCAGCGGAGGACCGCCCUCUAUCAACAGAAAAUGCCAAACCUGCAGUGGUUUCCCUUGUGGCCCAUUAUAAUGGUUGAGAGUUAUUCUGCUUUGAAAAAUGGUGACACUUGAAGAAACUUUUCACAUAAAAUGAGGCAAAGGCGGUUUGAGAUUUGGAGGAUUUUACAAGAAUAUUGCGUAUAAGUACUAUAACAAACGGGAAAAUGAAAGAAUCCUGAGAGAGGCUGAUUUUUUGGAGUUUAUUUUUAAGCUCUACCCUACCGUAUAUGUUUCUGUUAUCCAACAAAAGGGUGUUAUAUUCUUGCAGUAAUAUGUAGCUAGCAGUUCCAAAUUUUCUUUGAAUUCUGCAGAUAUUAAAAUGACUAUUUUUGUAGACCGGUCCAAAUGGUCUGCUGAGAGAAAAAUACUAUUCUCAGUACAGUAAACCACAGCUGUCAAGUGUUUGACACUCUUUUUUUUAAUAGUCCAGAUGAGAAAACAAUAUUUAUAUCAAUGUACAACUUGUAAGGGUUUUUCUACAUCUAUUCAUUUUUCUUUUCAUAAGAGAAGAUGGGUAUGACUUUUUUCAAUGGGUUUCAAACAUUGUAAGCACUGUUACUGUAUGGACUGUGAAUGUAUGUUACAGCUUCUGUUUUAUAUAAUAUAUAAAAAUUUAUAUAAUAUAAUUUGUUUUGUGAACAUAUAGGUUAGAAGUAUUUGCUAAUUCAAGCAUUUUUGUUCAGAUGUUUAACAAAUACAUGAUACAAACUAUAGUGAUUUUGGUCCCAAUUUAUAUUAGGUGGCCUUAACUACUAUGUACUUACAUAAAAAAUAAGUACAAUGUACUUAUUGUGUUCAUAGUAUUGUAAAACACU